AUGAUACAACUUGGUGACUUGGUGGCGGAAUUUGAACCGGUACCAAGGUUUGACUGGCUACGUCUAUACUCGACCUGCGUGGGAGCUGUGACGAGCUUUUCCCUCAGCUCAUCCAUGGCUGUGCCGUGCCGUCAGAGGGUGGCAGCGGUGGGGAGCCCGGCCGCCCAACCCCGGCGCCUCCUUGCUGCACGUUGUGCGCCAGGCCCCAGUGGCCCCCGACGCAGACUGCAGCAGUGCAGCUCAGCCUGCGCUAGAACAACGCCAGAGGCCCGCGCUAGGCCCGAAACGCCGCAAUUCCUGUUUCUUAUCAAUCGCGAAGAUCUCCAGGCACAGGGCGCCACCUUGAAACGCUGGUUGUCGUUGCGACCCUUGCCUUUUGCCGUGGCCCUCCACCAAAUCCUUGGCCCUUCCAGUUCCAGGAAACAUUCUAAUUCUUGGUCGCAGUCGGAGGGCUCCUUCAGCUUGAUCUCAACUUCAUCUUCCACCAAGGUCCGAGCCGCAGUCUGCGACUUCCCUCAUUGCAUACACACAGCCAGCGCGUCCCCGCGCCCUUGGAAUCCUUCGUACAUCUCCACCUUCUACACCAACGAACAGCCUCCGGUUGCUGUCAGACGACUCGACGUCUCUUCUCUCGUCAUCGAAUAUACGCUUACGGAUCUGGAGCCACCGAGCAGCCCAGUCGAAGCUCACCGAGACACGUCGUUCGUCUCGUUCCGCCUUUCCAUCGCUAUUCCAACAGCACAGUCUCAUUACAGCAGUCUUAUCAAUACGGUAGCGUGA